AUGGAGAGCUUAAAGCCUCAGACGCCGAUUAACUUACCUCUCGUAACGUCUGAGUUGUUUUUCUCUACAGACGAGGCAGCACCUCUGCAGCCUCUGGGGGCCUCGCCUGCAGCAGCAAAGACAGCAGCAGCAGAAGUAUUAACAGCAGAAGCAACAGCAACAGAAGCAGAAAGAGAUCUUUCUCUUUCUGCUGCAGCAGCAGAAGGGAGGAGCGAUGAUGGGGGCUCCUGGUUUGCAGCACAAGAGGAGGCUGAAGAAGAAGCAGAAAUUUACGUGGAUAUAAGCAAAGAACUGGCGGCUAUUGAGGGGGCAAACGCAGUUUCUUUUUACCUGUCUGCUGCAGCAACAGCAGCAACAGGACUAGCAGCAAGAGCAGCAACAGCGACAGAAGCAGCGGAUUCCUACUUGUUACACGAUGAGCGACUUGGGCUGCUGCUGCCUCCUGCAGCACAUCUUUCUCCUUUAUAUUUAGCCGGAGGGAGAGAUAAUUACAGCAGCAGCAGCGCCAGUGCUGUUGCUGCUGCUGCUGCUGCUGCAAACAGCCGCCGGGAGCACUGGCGGCAGCACUCCUCUAUUCAUCGAUCUGCAGGCUGGCCAAGGCAGACGAAGGGGAAGCUGAAAGCCCCUGCUGCUGCUGCUGCUGCUGUUGAUGCUUCUGCUGCUACUCUCGGGCCGCGUUGCUGCUUCGCUGCCUCUUCGCUGCCUCCGCUGCAGAGACUUCCCCUCUUUGAAGAAGAGGAACGGGUUGCUGCAGACAGCAGCAGCAGCAGCAGGAGCAGCAGCGACAGCACCGACUGGGAUCUCGCUAGCCUUCUGGGGUCUGUGGAGAGAGCUCGCCUGCGGCUGCAGCAGCAGCAAGCAGCAGAAGACAAAAUCGAUGCAGCUUUAUACGCUGGCGGCUUCUUUCAAUUCUCUAACAGCGCUGCAGCAGCAACAAGUCUGUUGGCUGCAGGCCGCAGCAGCAAAACUGCUGCCCCAACUCAUGCGUCAGCAGCACCAGCAUCAUCAGCGGCAGCAAGAGUAGCAGCAGCAGCAGUAACGCCAGGAACAACAGUGCGCCCUGCUGCAGCGGAUACAGCACCGGUGGGGCAGCUAGCAGUAGCAGCAAAAGCUGCUGGAGUUUCAGCUGCUGCUGCUGCUGCUGCUGGGAUCGGCGGGAUGAAGGGUGCCGUUGGAGAGUCACGCGGAGGGCCGGAAGGGCUGCGGGAGUUUGCUGCUGCAACGCAUGCAUUUGCUGCACCUAAUGGACCUGUGCAGCAAAAAGCAGCAGCAGCAGCAACAGCAACAGCAGCUGCAGCAGCAGCAGCAGCUUGCCCGCGUAAGGAAGAGAGGGGGCUGAGAUAUUCCUCUCAAAAAACCAUUAACAGCAGCAGCAAAACAGGGUUUGACCUGCAAGUAGCUGCUGCUGCUCCUGCCGCUGCUGCUGCUGCUGCUGCUGCAGGGAUUGAGGCCGAGUUGGCUGCGGAGGUGCGGCGCAGCACUCAGCUUUGUUUACAAGUAAACGAGUUGAAGGCAGAGGUGAAACGAAUCCAAGACGAAGCAGACAGGCAGACAGCAGCAGCAAAUGCUGCAGCACACGUACGGAAACUGCUGCUAAACUGGAGGAGAGAAGAAACGCUGCGGCAGCGCCGCCGCGAGCAGCAGCAGCAGCAGCAGCAGCAGAAAGAGCAGCAAGGAGAUCAGCUGCACCAGCAGCAGCACCAGCAGCAGCAAGAGGAAUCAGAGGACGGAGGUGCUGCAGCAUUUGAGUGUCUGCAUGCAAUCGAGUAUGUGCUGAAGCAAGACUGCGCAGCAGCAGCAGCAGCAGCAGCAGCAGCGGGAUCUGUGGAAGAGGACAUGCAGCAGGAGUUAGAGCGAUGCCGAGAGAGAGCAAAGACAGCCGAGCUAGAGUGUGAGUCUUUAAAGAAUGAGGUAUCUUUCUUAAAAGCAGUUAAUACACAGCUGCAGCAGCAGCGAGAGGAGCAGCCGUGCAAGGCUUUGGAGGAGCUGCAGCAGCAUCUAGACGAGAAGGCGCAGCAAGCAGCAGCAGCGCAGCAGCAGCUGCAUGCGCUGCAGCUGCAGCACGACAAAUUCCGCUCUAAAGCGGCAGAGGAACUUGCAGCAGCAGAAGCAAAUCAGGCGUCCCUUGCAAGAGAGCUUAAAGCUGCGCGAUUAACAGCAGCAGCAACAAUUGAUAGUCUUCGUGCUGAACUGCAGCAGCAGCAAAAUGCAUGCAGCGAGUUGCGGCAGCUAAAGGAAGCAGCAGAACACCGACUAAGGGAGUGCAGCAAAGCAGCAGGAGCCACGGAGCUCGAGAGGCAGCAACUCAAGAAGCAGCAGCAGCAGCUGCAGCAGCAGCACGAAGCUAUCAGAAAAAGUCUCAGCUGUAUUCGCGCAAGAGCUGCAGAGGCGCAGCAACGGUGGCUAAGCGAAAGCAACCCAGCAGCAAGCAUGCAGAGUUCUCUUCCUGCAGCAGCUGCUGCUGCUGCACCAAAUCAAGCACAGGACGACAGCCUCUCCUUCGUCUCUUCCCCCCCGUCCCCUGCUGCUGCUGCUGCUGCUGCUGCUGCUGCUGCUGCGCCCGAGCAAGCUGCAGCAAAUGCUGCAGUCUCCUUGAAAGCCAAGCGCAGCCGCGGAGGCUUCCAAGGCGGAAGAACUAUAGACAAACGCAGCAGAAGCAGCAGCAGAAGCAGCAGCAGCAGCAGAAGCAGCAGCAGCAGCCGGGGUGCCGCAUGCGACCCUCGGCAGGACGCCCACCUCCAACACCGCCUGCAGCAUGACCAGCAGCAGCAGAAGCAGCAGAAGCAGCAGCAGCAGCAGCAGCGCGAGACAGCAGCAGAAGCCGCAGUGGCUCCCGCCCCCAGCUUUGGGGUGUACGUACACCCCGAUACGCAGCAGAGGAGGCGGGGAAGGGGCCCUCAGGGGUCGGCAGCAGCAGGCGCAUCAGCAGGUGCAGCAGCAGCAGGAAGUGCUGGGUUUACAGAGAGCGAGAGCUUCUGCCUCAGCCAAGCUACCGAUAUGUCUGCAGAAGCAGAAGCAGGGGCAGCAGACAGUCUUCUCGUUGGUGCUGCUCCUACUCGUUAUACACGACAAGAAUUCAUCUUAGCUGCAGCAGCAGACUGUGCAGGGGAUAAGGAGGCCUCCAAUACUUCAGCUGUUGCAUGCAGCAGCUAA